GACGUUGUCUGCAGUUUGACGUUGUUUUAAAUCGUGCGCGGGGAACGGUAGACGCGACAAGUGUUCGCCGGGUAGCUUCGUCUCGUGUCGACGUUCCUGCGACGUUCGUUCGGUGUUUGGUGACGACACGGCUCGCAGAAUGGGUGUCACCGUGUUACAGCAGUACCCGAUGAUCGAAAACCGGACCGGGCCGCAGACGAUCGAGUUCCUGACAAAGAGGAUCGUCGCCCUCGGCGCGGUGCAGGCGGGACAAUUCAUGGUGGAUUGCGAGACGUUUAUGUCGCUGCCGCAUAUUGGCGCUCAAAGGAACGUGCACGUGCUGCACAAUUCGGAGCAACCGGCUUCGGUGUUCGCUCUCGUCGAAUCCGGCAGCAAAGUGGUACCACUGAUAGCGGACAAUCUGUUCGACGUAGUGAUGUUCAAAAUGUUGAAUCACAUCUACGUCAAUAAAAAGCAAACGAAGAUCGAGUCCAAGGGCCCGCGAUUCGAGCUCGGCGACUUCUGCGUCAAAUUGGGCAGCGUGACGAUGAGCCAGAAUUUCAAAGGCGUUCUAGUGGAGGUCGAGUACAGGCCGUGCGUGGUGCCGGCGAGCGCGUGGGAACUCAUACGCGAGUUUCUACAGGGAUUCCUGGGCUCUGCCGUGUCCAAUCAAGCGCCCCAGUACCUCCAGAACCGGAUGAACGAAAUUUAUCAGCCGAUGGACACGAUACAGCAGUAUCUGGAGCACUUCGGUCAAUACAGGAAAGCCACGGGAGUGAUUUAAGGGGAGGGAAGGCAUCGUGGCGACUUGGGUCGCAUUAUUUAUUUCGACAUUAACGGCGACGUGACGUUAACGGCGACGUGACGUUAACGGCAAGAUCGAUCGGACACUCUAUUGAUCCCGCAAAUAUUAUAUUAUGGUCGUAUCUGUAACGACGUUAUUCCACGCGUACAGUUUUAUUUGCAUACAUUAGUUUUAUUACUCUAAGCAGGAAGUUAAUAUUAUGUAUUACUUAAAUAAUAAUAUAAUUUUUUUUCAGAAUAGAAAGUUGUAUGUGAAAUGAUCUCAAGGUAAAUUUUCUGAAAAUAA